UUGGUUGGUUAACACUUCUCGGUUGUAUUGUGUAUUUGUAAAUAAAGUCGCAAAGUUUGAAAUAAAGUUUUUGAGAAGUUAAAAAAACUCAUAAUAUAUAAAUUACAAUGGAGGGAUCCCACAUUAAUAGCUUUGCUUUAUCGUUUAAAAAUAAUAGGUUAAGUUAUUGUGGUCAAGACUGUCGCAAGAUUCCGCCUGCGUUAUGGAACAUGUACGGUGCUAAAGUCAACUAUCUAGAUUUAAGUUUUAACAGUAUAGAGACGCUGAAAGGGCUGGAGAGGUUUACCAGGCUAGAAGAAUUAGUACUCGACAAUAACAAGUUGGGUGACACAGUGACAUUCCCACCUCUCCCCUACCUCAAAACACUUUCGUUAAAUAACAACCAGAUUGUGAAUCUAGAAGCGUUAAUUAAUAAGCUGUGCGACUCGUAUCCAUCGCUUUCGUACCUGAGCCUCCUCAGCAACAAGGCGUGCCCCAACCAGCUGUCGGAUCGGGACAAAGACGAAUCUGAUUAUCAGAGAUAUAGAUACUACGUGUUGUACAAGCUAAGCAAUCUUCAUUUCCUGGACUCGAGGCGCGUGUCCCCCCCGGAGCGGCUAGAGGCGUCGAGUAGGGGGGAGUUCACGCGGGUACGGCGACCUAGCAGCAAUCAGGACGUGACCGAUACCAUUUCACCACCACCGGCUUUCACCGCACGACCCUUGCCGUUGGACCUCAGCACUUUGGGGAAGCAUAAAGGAACGUACGGAAAGUGUCGAUACAAGUACACCGGCAAACACUCGGAAGGAAACCGUUUUAUUUUAAACAGUGAUUUGUAGAAAGAUACAAAAAUAUACAUUAGGGUACUUUGGUGGCGUGGUUAGAAGUCGAUGAAAUAACUAUAAGGCUGGGUUGUACCAAUUAACUUUAGCAAUAACAAACAUGUCAAAGUACCGGUUAAAAAUGAGUUGCACCAUUUGACGUCAUAACUUUAACUGUUAACCGUAACCUUCAAAUUUCGCCGUUUAAAGCUAUUGUUAAUGUUAAAUGCCUAAAUAGCGAACUGUCAAAAGUUUCUAAUAGAUAUUCGAUGUUGAAUUGAUAUUUCACUUUUUAUCUUUAACUAUGCCAAGGAAUACGAUGGUGCAAUACAUUCCGCAGUCUAUGUUAAAGUCAGCGUUACAGUUAAAGUUUUUCACUUAAAACCUUAACUAUAACAGCUGAUAUUAUUAAACCCAGCCUAACCAUUUAUAUUGUCAAACUCGACUUCCGAGCUUAUCAUGUUGUGUCUUAUAGCCUAAACACAUGAUCAGAUUUGGUACGGCCGAACCAUCGGACGCGGUCUAGUAGCGGACCGUUUUCGUUGUUAUGUCGCUUUGUCAUCGCACAAAAUUAUUAUAAUUACCGUCCGGGCCGUACCGAGUACGACGCUGGACCAACUGGCGUGAGGCGCCCACCGGACCGUUUUUGGUCCGGCCGUACCAAAUCCGACCAUGUGUUUAAGCUCUUAUAAAAUAGUAGAUAUAAUAAGGUUACUGGUUAGAACCAGUUUAAUGUAAAUGGUAUUUGUAAUAUAAGUUGUCCUCAGGCUAAUGCAAUUAUUAAUAAAACAUAUAUGAAUGAAUUAGUAGUUAUGUGAGACAUGCUUUGUUGCGCGCGCUUAUAGAGGCAGUACUUUUGAACAAACAUUUAUUAUCAAACGCGUUUUUAACCUCAAAAGGUGUGUUAACUUUUGAUAUAAAUAUUGUGAUUUUACAAGACUAGAAUUAUAGUGAAAAAAUGUAUUGUUUUAUGUUAAGUAUUAUAUAACAAGCGCUCAAAUAAAAUUGAGGGUAACCUUAAAAAUAUCUGAAAUUAAGAUCACGCUUUUACGUGGAAAAUGUUAGAUUGGUUUCAUCAUAAUAGCGAUAACAACAUUGAAAUAUGCUUAAAUUUCCUCUGUAUUUUGCGCUGGCGUAGAAUUGCGUAAUUUUUUAAAUGUACAUAUAAUAAGUAAUUAUAACAUACUUUGUUUAAGGAAUAUUUUUAAUUUAAAGUAAUUUUUAUGGUAAAGUUGUUUAAAGUCAAGUAAGGUUAAAAGUACUUUGUAGUUAUCUGAUGCCAAGUCUAUUGGUAUAAAUUUCAACCCAUGUACUCCUCUCUAUAAUACCCAAUUGCAUACCAUAUGGCAUACAGAGAAUGAUUUUAUUUCAAGUUAGUUACUUAGGUACACAUUGCAUUUAACUGAAAUACGACACUCAAUCCUUUUUAAGUCUGGAUAUUCUGUUAUAAGGAAAAUUUGUCAUUGCGUGGUGUCGUAUUCAAAGCGCGGUCGUAACACAACUGAACGAAAACUCUGCCUAAUAGACGCGUAGGCAGAGUUUUCAGACAAUUUUUGAGCGUGAUUGUGAGUCUAGUAGUUAGUAGAAGCCACAUCGCGAUACGGGUUAUAUUUUAGUACAUUUAGCGAUUUCUGUCAUUUGUCAUCUUUGGGCGGGCGCGUCCCAGUACCAGCUUCUUCCAUUUUACCGCAUACAAUAAAGAGCGGCUCGAAUCAUCGAUGAUCAAGUCAUCUCCGAUCGGCUUGAUACAUUUUAAUUAAGAAGUUAUUGCAAAUUACUUUUAACCUCAUAUCAUCAUAAAAUAAUACAUGUUACAAAUGACUAAUACUAUGAACCAAAUAUAUUUUAGUGCCAGUAAUAUAGAGGCGGAGACUGUAACAAUUAUAUAUAGGAAUUUAAAAGUAAAGUAAUAGUUAUUUAAGGUACCAAUAACGUAAUAUAAAUGUGUUCAAAUUUAUUCAUUUCAUCAUCUUAUGUAUAUAAACAUUUAUAUUUUUUUUAUUUUCAAUCACACAGUACCACAUUGUAAAACACGAUUAUGCCAAAGUUUAACUAUGCUAAACUUAUGUUAUUAUUUUAAUGAUUUAGAUUGUAAUAGCGUUAUCGCUAUUAAAAUUUCAAAAAAAGGGGUUCGCGGGUUCCAGUCCCGCAUCGUUCAUAAAAUUUUGUUUGUGUAAUAAUAUAAUCCCAGAAGUGAGGGUUAUCACUUUGAAACAACAAAUUAUCUCAACAAUAUCUUAUCCUGGCCAUUUUAAUUAAUAAAUCAUUGUAUUCUGGAAAGGUUAACUAAUAGGUUAAAUAAUUUUCUUUUAAGGAAAGUGACAAUAAUAGAUUAAUUAAAAUAUUAAGCAUUAUGUGUACUAGUGUAGUUUAGAGCUGUGGUAGAUUGGAUAUUCCUUAUUGAAUUACUUUCAUUGAAUUAAUCAUUUGGGCGUUCUCGAGUCUUCCAAAUUAAAUGGUCAGCUAUGGCUAGAUAGAGAGAGAUGGGCGAGAAAUAGUGAAACUAAAUUUUGAGCGAAAAAUAUAAGUUUAAAACUAAAAUUAUAAUUAAAUUAUUUUUUUUUAUGAAAAUAAGGGUCGAGACGAGUAGGACGUUCGGCUGAUGGGAAUUGAUACGCCCUGCCCAUUACAAUGCAGUGUCGCUCAGGAUUCUUGAAAAACCCCAAAAAUUCUAAGCGGCACUACAAUUGCGCUCGUCACUUUGAGACAUAAGAUGUUAAGUAUCAUUUAGCGAGUAAUUUCACUAGCUACGGCGCCCUUCAGACCGAAACACAUUACUGCUAUAAUAAUCUAGCCGGCAUCCUGUGCAAAGCAUGAAGCCGUCGACCAAAUGUGCCGAUAUAAAAUCUCACUACUUGAUCAAGCUUAGUAGAGCUGUCGCUGUGAAUGUUAAUUAAACAAUCAUUUUGUUCAUUUGAUUGAUGUGUUUGAAUAAUUCCUUCUUUUAUAUAUUAUUGUACAUAUUAUAAAUUGUAAUACAAACUGA